AGACUAUCAAUGUGUGUAUGAGAACGUAAAAAGCGUGUAGGAGUUGUUCAGUUCAAACGCCGAUGAGGUAGCCCAAGCACAAUUUCCGUACACGCACAGUUUACAACCAUAGAGGGAUCACUAAAACAUAACUCAGUGGAUUAGGAGUCACAUAGGUCAGUAAACGAAGACACGGGCACAUUUCUUCGGCUGGGGUGGAAGAGCGACGGCUAAAGACUGCUGACCUAGAAGGAGCCACAGAGAGAAACAGCCAUGACAGAAUAUUACCAGAUCUUAGGGGUCCAGAGAAACACGUCGGCGGAGGACAUUAAAAAAGCGUACAGAAAGCUAGCACUCAAGUGGCAUCCAGACAAGAACCCUGACAACAAGGAGGACGCAGAGAGAAAGUUCAAAGAGCUUUCAGAAGCCUAUGAGGUCCUGUCAGACGCAAACAAGAGGAACCUGUAUGACCAAUAUGGUAAAGAAGGCCUAACAGGAAGCGGAGGGGGAGGAGGAGGGCAUUAUCACAACGCAGAUCACUUCGGUGGUGGGUUCACAUUCCGUAAUCCAGAGGACGUCUUCAGGGAAUUCUUCGGGGGACGAGAUCCAUUUGCAGAUUUCUUCGUGGACGAUGACUUCUUCGGCGGGGGUCAAAGGCAGCGAGGGGUGAGCCGGAGCAGGACCGGGGGACCCUUCUUCCACGGUUUCGGGGGCUUCCCCCCCUUCGGGGCAGGCUUUCCAGUGUUUGAUUCAGGUGGGCCUCCCCUGCAGCACGGUUUCACUUCGCUGGGGCAUAUGGGUGGAGGGGGCUUUGCCACGUUCUCCUCUUCAUCUUUUGGGGGUAGCGGAGGAGGAGGAGGGGGGAUGGGCAACAUCCGCUCAGUAUCCACCUCCACCAAGUUCAUCAACGGCAGAAGAAUCACCACAAAGCGGAUUGUGGAGAAUGGCCAGGAGAGGGUGGAGGUGGAGGAGGACGGUCAGUUGAAGUCUCUAACCGUCAACGGUAAGGAGCAGCGCCUAAGACUGGAUAACAAGUGAUAACCUCUGCACAACGUUUGAAAUACUCACACCUGACCUGGAAACAAACCAAACUAACUCAGCGUGACGAUGCUGCUCAGGGUCGCAAUCUUGGUUUCUCUCCUCUCUUCUCCCCUGUUGACAUUCGUAGUUCACGUGUAGUUCACAGCGAGGAAAUGUGUUCUCAUCUUAGUUUAGCCGCUGGAGCGAGGGACGAUCACAUAGGGUUGUAUUUAUUCCAGCUUUACCUUUUUUGGGACCAUUCUCUUACUAGGACCAAUGUGUAUGACUUUUUUUUUUGUUGCUGUACUGAUUUUGCUGUAUUAGAGUUUUUCUGUGGGUGGACUUCUUUACCUUUUAGUUCUAAAAGUCAGGGGCACAACGAGAUGUACAUUUGGAUGGCUUUGCGUUUGUGCAUUUAAAAAAAAAUGUUAUUAACUGUCAAAUGAUCUCAGCUUUAACCCUUUGCCUAUUUAAAAGAAAAUGGAACAUCUCUCUAACCUGUACACCGUUUUCAUGUUCAUGAGCUUCAGAUGACCCAUUUUAGACACCUAAUAAAUGUCUAUAGUAUUAAUGUGAA